CUGUUCCCUUUAAUCUUUUCUUGAAUAGUGAGAAAAUCUAAUUUUGAAAAUAGCCCUUUUACAGCUGUUUAAUCAUUCCUAUUGAAAGGUUGGAAACCCUGGUGGCAGAGUGGUUAAGUGCUGUGGCUGCUAACCAAAAGGUUGGCAGUUCAAAUCUACCAGGCACUCCUUGGAAACCUUAUGGGGCAGUUUCUACUGUGUCCUAGAGGGUCGCUAUGAGUCAGAAUUGACUCGAGGGCAGUGGGUUUGGUUUGGUUUUUUUUAUUGGAAGGUCAGUCAAGAGCUCAUCACAUCUGACCCUAGCUGUUUUUCAGUGUUCUUCAAAAGAACCUGUUUGUGUGUGGGUGUAGUUGUGUGGGUGUGGUAUAUGGUCUGUGGGCCUCUGGGCAAUCAAUGAGAUUUGGGGUUUGGGGAGGUGUGAUUUGUGAAUCUUUGAAAUAAUAUGCAAAAAUUUAUGUCCAUUUUUCUAGGGAGAGAGUCCUUGGCUUUAUUAGUUUCUCAGAGAAGACUUGAGGAAGACUUAAGGUUAAAAAUCACUGGAUUAGCUUUUUUUUAACACAUAGCUUCCACCCCAACAGAAAAAUUUCCCCUGGGUGUGCUCUUGUCUCCUAUGGUACUUGAAGCCCUUCUGUCCAUCACAGUCUUAAGUAAGGGGGAAAAAAGAAUGAAACAAAAAAGAUUGGGGAUAAAUGCAGAGGGAGUUUUAAAUCCCAAAGAAUCUAAAGGAGAAGGCAGGAAAGAGGACUGGUGCCAAACAGACCUGGCAUUCCAGGCCUGUCUCUGCCAGCUGACCAGGUAUGGCCUUGAUUAAGUUACUUAGCAGUUCUCUUCCUCAGCAUCUGUAAAAUGGAAGUUGAGAUUUAAAGGGCAUUAUGUAAAGCAUGUGAUACACUGUAGGUGACAGUUAUCAGGGAGAGGUCUUAUGCUGUGGCUUCAGACAGUCUGUAACUGGCUUUUCUGUAUCCUCCUUGGCUGAGAUCGUAGGAAUGAGCUUAUUUUUUAAGACUGGUAGGAAUAGGCCAGGCAUGAAUCCUCUCAUAGAUUUCUAAGCUAAGUUCCAUUUCCAAAAACUUUAUUGCCAAAGUAAACUCUGCUGCCAAUUCGCCUUUGCUUCAGUCUCUUAGUACUCCCAGCAGGCUUCUUGAUCCUUGGUAAAAGUUCUAGUUCAGUUUAAAAGAGCAGAAAAACCAAACCCUUUUGCUGACUGGAUUCCAACUCAUAGCGACCCUAUAGGACAGAGCAGAACUAUCCCAUAGGGUUUCCAAGGUCCUCUUUGUAGAAGGAGCCCUGGUGGUACUCAGUGGUUAAGUACUCAGCUGCUAACGGAAAGGUCAGCAGUUUUAAUUCACCAGCGGCUCGACUGGACAGCAGUGGGUUUGGUUUGGUAAUCUUUAUGAAACCGACUGCCACAUCUUUCUCCUCUGGAGCAGCUGGUGGGUUAGAACUGCUGACUUUUCAGUGAGCAGCUGAGCAUUUAACCACUGUGCUGCCAGGGCUCCUUCUGCUGUGUGCUGUGCCACAAACCAAAAGUAAACUCACUGUCAACUCAUAGCAACCCUAUAGCCAGGACAGAGUAGACUUGUCCCAUAGGGUUUCCAAGGCUGUAACAUCUUUCUCCUGCAGAGCACCUGGUGGGUUCGUACCACUGACCUUUGGGUUAGCAGCCAAGUGCUUUAACUACCGCACCUCCCAAAAACCAAACCCAUUGCCAUCAAUUCUGACUCAUAGUGACCCUAUAGCACAGAGUAGAACUGCCCCAUAGAGUUUCCAAGGAGCACCUGGUGGAUUCGAACUGCCAACCUUUUGGUUAGCAGCUGUAGCACUUAACCACUACGCCACCAGGGUUUCCACUGCACCAGGAGGGCUCCUUAAAAAAGAGUGGAAAACCAAAACCAAAUGCAUUGCUAUCAAGUCAGUUCUGACUCAUAGUGACCCUAUAGGACAGUGUCACAUUGCCCCCAUAGGGUUUCCAAGGAGCGACUGGUGGAUUCAACUGCUGACCUUUCUUAACCACUAGCCAUCAGGGCUCCAAGAGCAGAAAGGGAGGGGAAAUGAUCUUGGAAAAUUAAAGGUGAAAAUCUUAAAUUACGGUGGUAGCUCGACCCGCUGAUCACUAGAGGGCAGUAUAUGUAUACAUUUGCCCCAGCUUUAGGGACAAGCUUUGCUGGUUGGAAAGUACACAGCCAGACCAUCAGUGACAAAAUACGUUUUAAGUCUGCGCCAAAUGAUAAAAAGGAGGGUAGUGGCAAAUAUAUUCUACGAGUGCCCUUUACUCUUAAAUUAUAAGAGGUUAUAACCUUCCGACUUCACGGUGUUAAAACGGCAUUGCGCUUGUCAAAAGACAAUUUUUAAUUUGCUUUACUAAGCAAAAUUUAAAAGAUUGCUGUCUAUUGUUGGUGGUUCCAUAAUUUGAGAAGAAAUUCGGCUAGUCCAAGGAAUCCCGAAGUUUUGGAACCUCAGGUUUCAUUUUUGCUCUCAUUCCUGGACAUAAAAGAAUUGAGCGCUUGACCUUGUUUUUCCAAAGAGACAAACAGGGCUGUUGAAAUUGCCACACGCUAAAACAGGGUAGAGGCGGAGCUCACCGCCCGAAGAAACCCGGCUGGAUUCCCGAGGCGUCCUCCAGUGAACGCAUCUUGUGCCUUUCCGCCCCCAGUCACUGGGGUGAUGCGGGAACGUCACCAUGUCUCCCACUUUUCUGCUCUUGGGAGUCCUUGUCACCUUCCACUGUCCGGGUCCGGACAUCAGUGAGGGCCCCAUUCCUCGCCCACCUGGCCUGUAACCGACUCUCAAACCAGACGGCUGUCCAGCGGGGGUGAAAAAGAAAGUUAGCCAGCCCCAGUCCCUCGUGGCGCCCCGCCUUCCCGGCAUCCAGUAGGCUGCUACAACAGCUGGCGGAUCGGAGUGGUCUGCGCUACGUCACGGCCUGGCCACACCCCCUCGUGAGCGAACGCUUGGCGCCUAGUGGGCAGAACAGUCUCCGUGCGCAGCCGGACGAGGUCCAUCACAAUGCUGCUGCUGCGGCUGCACAGAGUGAGGGUCCUGGGGCUCCAACAGGCCUCCAGGUAAGCCAUCUCCUCCCAGGACAAGCCUCCUACCCCUUAUCUCCCACACCCAGUAUCUUUAUGAUAUCUUAUCUGCUGGGAGUGGAAUUUAUUGCUUUUGACAGAUGUGAGGGAGGAAAGGGAAAGUCAUUUGUUCCACUCAUCCCUGGAGAAACCAAAUCCCAGCUGAGGGAGCCAGUGGCUAACCAGGUUGUGACCCCCAGGUCUUCUUUGGCACUUUCAUAUGGUCGGGGGAAGUAUGCUACUAAAAAUCUCUCACUCUCUCCUAGACUCAGGUCGACCUUGAGGUUCUGCAUUCGGGCCUGCUCUACAGAUGAUUCAUUUCAGCCCCAGUACCCCAGCUUCACCUACAAUGAUAGCUCUGCCAGCAGGGGCUGGGGGGUCAUGGGAACCCUGCUCGGCCUUGGUGCAGUGUUAGCCUAUCAUGAAUGUCGGUGCAGGGCUGAUCAGGAGUCACCACGCAUGUACACGAGGGAGGAAGUAAGCUCCCACUGCAGCCCUAAAACUGGGAUCUGGGUGACUUUUGGCCAUGAGGUCUUUGAUGUCACAGAAUUUGUGGACCUGCACCCAGGGGGGCCAGCAAAACUGAUGCUAGCAGCUGGGGGUCCCCUAGAGCCUUUCUGGGCCCUCUAUGCUGUUCACAACCAGCCCCAUGUGCGUGAGAUACUGGCUCAGUACAAGAUCGGAGAACUGAACCCCAACGAUAAGGCACCUCCCACCUUGGAGACCUCUGACCCUUACGCUGGUGAUCCUCCACGUCACCCAGCCCUGAAAGUCAAUAGUCAGCGCCCAUUUAAUGCAGAGCCCCCCACUGAGCUGCUGACAGAAAACUAUAUCACACCUAAUCCUCUCUUCUUUACUCGGAACCAUCUGCCUGUACCCAACCUGGACCCCGACACCUAUCGCCUACACGUAGUAGGGCCACCUGGGGGUCAGCCACUGUCCCUAUCCUUGGAUGACUUGCGCCAGUUCCCCAAGCACGAGGUCACAGUCACUGUGCAGUGUGCCGGCAACCGGCGCUCUGAGAUGACUAAGGUCAAAGAAGUAAAAGGUCUAGAGUGGAGGGCAGGGGCCAUAAGCACUGCACGCUGGGCUGGGGCACGGCUCUGUGAUGUGUUAGCCCAGGCUGGUCACCACCUCUCUGAAACUGAGGCGCACGUUUGCUUUGAGGGGCUGGACUCAGACCUCACUGGAACUGCCUACGGAGCAUCCAUCCCUCUGGCUCGGGCCUUGGACCCUGAAGCUGAGGUCCUGCUGGCAUAUGAGAUGAAUGGGCAGCCUCUGCCUCGGGACCAUGGCUUUCCUGUGCGGGUGGUGGUUCCUGGCGUGGUAGGUGCCCGCCAUGUCAAGUGGCUGGGCAAAGUGAGUGUGGAGCCAGAGGAAAGUUACAGCCACUGGCAGCGGCGAGAUUACAAGGGCUUCUCUCCAUCUGUAGACUGGGACACUGUAGAUUUUGAUUUGGCUCCAUCGAUUCAGGAACUUCCUAUCCAGUCAGCCAUUACAGAGCCCCGGGACGGGGAGACUAUAGAGUCCGGGGAGGUGACUGUGAAGGGUUACGCGUGGAGUGGGGGUGGCAGGGCUGUGGUCCGGGUGGAUGUGUCUCUAGAUGGGGGCCUAACCUGGCAGGUGGCAGAGCUGGAUGGAGAGGAACAGCGGCCCCGGAAGGCCUGGGCCUGGCGGCUGUGGCGGUUGCAAGCCCCUGUGCCUGCUGGGCAAAAGGAAUUGAACAUCAUUUGUAAGGCUGUGGAUGACAGCUACAAUGUGCAGCCGGACACUGUUGCGCCAAUCUGGAACCUGCGAGGCGUGCUCAACAAUGCCUGGCACCGGGUCCACGUUUAUGUCACCCCAUGAGAAUAUAGAAUGGAGCCAUCUACACCCCAGAACCACCUUCUCAACCCCUUUCCACACACACCUAUCCCUUGGCCCUCAUUGCCACAGGAAAACCUUUCUUUCUGUCCACUUCUUGGAUCACAAUCCUGUACUAAGCUUUCCUGAGGUACACACAGGUACAUGCGUUGCACAUUUCCACCCUGGCGUGCCCCCUUCUUUGACACUGUAUUGUACAUCCCUCCUUGCUUCUGACCUUGUGCCAGGUGAGAGUUGUUGGAACAAGGAGCUAGAAGUGAGAAAAGUAAGUCUGGAGAUAAACACUAUUUUCUCUUCCUACCCGAGUAAUAGUUCUAAAGCUUACCACCACUGAGGCCUUAUUUUGCUUUUCUUCUUAGCCGCUUCUGAGAAUGUGUGUGGGUAUGUGUAAGAAAAGUGUAUAUGCUACUUUCUUCUGCCUCUCUGGGUUGCCAGGGGGCUGACUGAGGAGAGAGGGAUGCAAUCCUCUUUAUAAUUUUACAUCAAUAAAGUGCCCGUUUAAGAUUAUGAUUCCGGAGCCUCCUGGGGCUGGGGAGUGAGUGUGUUGCACAAGGGGAGGCUGCAAUGAUACUGGGAUGUGUAGUGAGACUCGUUCAAAAUUAAACAAAAAGGAUGGGAAGAGGGGAGAAAGGAAGUAGGUGCAGGGAAGUCAAGGAGUGGGGCUUCCUUCUCUGAGCUCUGGCAGCAUCUGCAGCGCCUCCUAGGUGACCUAAACACACCCCCGAAGAAAAGAAAAUAUUUGGUACUCUAAAGCACCCCUCCCCUGAACUUCUUCGCACUUGAAGAAAAGACAGAGAAUAUUAAGAGGUUAAAGUCAAUAUUGUCUUGAGCGGCAGGGGCAAAACUUGGCACAAGGACAAACGUGCUAGGGCAGGUGGGACGCCCUGUGUGCGCCUAGUUUCCAAAUUAGAUGUAGAUGAAGUAGUCGUUGGGAUACCCGCUGCAAGCGACGGCGCCUAUCGGACUUGAAUCUUUCAGCGCUCGGCUACUCUCCCCUAGCUCCUCUUCCUUCUUUCCCCAGCAGUCUCCCUGGCUUGGGGGAGCUCGGUGUUCAGCCUCGGCGCCUGUCGCCUGGUAGUGGGACCGGAAG